AUGUUGGGGAAUUGCCGAUUAGAAGCUAUGCGCAUCGAUGGCGUCAAGCGUCUAUGCCAUAUCCGUGGUAAAAUGCAUAAAAAGGUCUGGAUCUCCGCCGGUGAUAUCAUCCUCGUCGGCCUCCGUGACUAUCAGGACAACAAGGCUGAUGUAAUCCUGAGUUACUCGGCAAAUCAAGCCCGGUUGUUGAAGGCCUAUGGCGAGCUGCCAGAGAACAUGUCGAUCAAUGUGGGUAUCGCUGGUGGACUUGACAAGGAGGACGAUGGUGCUGGUUAUGAUUACUUUGAUUUCCAGAGACUUCCUUUGGUGGCCUCAAAUGUUGGAAGAGGAGGACGUCUCUGGUUAAAGAGGAGACGAGAUAUCAUCAGGACAAACAACACUAUUUGUGCACCGGCGUCAGCUGUUGAUGCUUAUUGA